CGUACCAUACGGACGUACCAAAAUCCCUUCGUCACUUCCACAAACACGUGACAAUUUAAUGUAAUCCACCAAAAAAAUACUAAACUUGACAAAUACACCUGACAAGUACCUGUGCAUUUCAAUAUUCCAUUCAAUUAUCUUUUUGUUUCAUAAAAAAGUGACUAAUCUAACGAUGGCGCAUCACGUGCGUCUGAUUAUGUUGGUCUUGCUCGGCGAAAUUUUCCGGACUUCAUUAGCUGGAAAAUGCGACAGGAAAUUGGAUGGACUCGGGGAACCCGCAGGAAACUUGGAUGGAAGAAUUUUCAUCACCCUCUGGGCAUUAAAUAAAACUGAAAUCGUGGAAACAUAUAUGCCAAAUACGAGAUACAUCGUGAGUAUCGAGGGUGAGAAGGGACGUGAAUUUCGUGGACCACAGAAAUUUACGAGAUUUUUACUGACCGCGGAAAACACAAAUAUUUCAUCCACUGCGGAAGGUACGCUAGACUUGAUUGAUGAGGACUUGACACAAUUCUCGGACAAGUGCCUCAACGCUGUGACUGAAUCGAGCAUGGUUUUGAAGGAAAGUGCUAAUGUUGCUUGGAUCAGUCCUCCUGCCGACAGUGGAUGCAUUCUAAUUAGAGCUUCAGUGGCGGAGAGUGCGGAAACUUGGUACAUGGAUGAAUAUGGUAUCAUAAAAACGGUUUGUCAAGAUCCAAGGGUAGAGGAGGACGAUCCCGGUCCUGUAUUGCAAGACUGCUGUGCCUGCGACGAGGCUAAAUAUGAAGUCACAUUCGAGGGGCUGUGGUCCAGAAAUACCCACCCCAAGGACUUUCCUUCCAAAAGCUGGCUCAUUCGUUUCUCCGAUGUCAUUGGGGCCUCUCAUACUGUCGACUACAGAUUCUGGCGAUACAAUGAUACUUCCAGUAAUGGACUUCAGCAGGUCGCUGAAUUUGGAUCGACCAGAACGUUAGAAUCAGAAUUGAAAGAACAGAGUGCACAUAUUAGAACAAUUAUAAAAGCUCGGGGCGUAGGUCACCCAAACGUGACUGGACGCACAUUCGCUGUAUUCAGAGUCGAUCGAAAGCAUCAUCUUAUGUCCCUUGUAUCUAUGAUUGUUCCCUCGCCGGAUUGGAUUGUCGGCGUAUCGGGACUGGAACUUUGUCUGUCGAACUGCUCCUGGAUUGAGCACAAAGAGCUCAAUUUGUAUCCGGUCGAUGCGGGCACUGACGACGGCAUUACUUACAUGUCACCGGAUUCGCCGACAGAUCCGCAUGAGCCAAUAAGACGGAUCACGUCGACCUGGCCGAAUGACACUCGAUCACCCUUCUAUGAUCCCCUGGGUGCCGACAUGAAGCCCAUGGCCAAACUUCAUCUCAAUCGCCAACGGCUCUACGACAAAAUCUGCGACGAGGCUGUCACUUCUUCCAUCGACUCAGGUGGUGAUAAUCGUCCUGAUCCCCCUCACCGCAAAAAACCCAAAGUUCCUAAGGCUUGCAAAACGACGCGCUGGGGAGAAUGGGAGCCAUGUUCAGUGACCUGUGGACGUGGUAUUCGACUUAGGCAAAAAAAAUACAGGGAUGAACAAGCAGCAGCAGCUAAUAAUUGCAAUGUGAGGCUGACAGAUAAGCAAGAAUGCAUAGAACGAGGUCCUAACUGCAAUGGUCUUAAUGGUGACUCAACCAUUCUCAAUACCCCGGAGUGUGAAUUGACCGAUUGGACUGACUGGAGCGAGUGCACUACUACUUGCGGUGAUGGAAUUAAAACAAGAUCGCGAAAUUUCGCCAACAAAAGAGCGCGAAAACGUUGUAGGGCAGCGAGUAAUGAUCUGGAGUUGGAGCAGACAAUCGAUUGUCAAAAUCAACCCUGUUCGGAAAAUGGUACAUCGGGCAAGAAGGUCAGAAAAUGUCCGGGGGAGUAUCACCCGUGGUCAUUGUGGACUCCUUGCUCGGCCACAUGUGGAAGAGGAAUAAAGCAGCGUUCACGAUUGAGAAUAGGUGACAGCUCCUCUGAACCAUUAGAAUGUACUCAGCAGAGUGUUGGUUGCGAUGCAAAAAUCACCCGCUGUGAUAUCACAAAGGAAGAUGCCGAAGAAAUAUGUAAUGAACCACCUCCGAUUGGGGAUUGUAAUCCCGAUGAUGGCAGUCAUUCUGAUCAGCGUGUCUAUUUUGAUCCUGGAAGUAAUCAAUGUCGGGUCUUUCGUUAUACUGGAUGCAAUAGUAAUCGACGAAAUAAUUUUGAUACUCCCGAAACGUGCAAACAUGUUUGCAUUGAUAUCAGAGGUACUAAUCGCACUAAUGCAAGGUCGGGGACGAAAAAUAUGCGAAGAAAUUACAAAGUAUCAUUGAGCAGCGUUCUGAGCUAUCACAUCCCAGCUCAGAAGGAAAGAAGUGGAAAGAUUAAGCGGGAGAGAAAGGAGGGUAUUGACGAAACUUUCAAUGGAAUUCAACUCGGGAGUCAAACGACAGAGGAAUACAGGGGAAAGAAAAUCGAUUGUAAAUUUACGGAAUGGAGUCCUUGGACACAGUGCGAAAAUUGUCGAGGCUACAGUACGCAAACACGAACCAUUCUGGUGAAGGCCCGCAACGGUGGGAUGAGAUGUCCUACCAAGUUGGAGAGGAAGAAAAAGUGCCAUCGUGUUCUCAACUGUCCACCGCGAAAUCGAAGCCGACGGAGACGGUACAGGGACCACAAAUCAGUGUGGGAGAUGGAUGAAGUAUCAAUAGACUGUGAGUUAUCCCACUGGUCUCCUUGGUCUCCCUGCAAUGUAACUUGUGGGAAUGCAACUCAGCAUCGAACCAGAAGAGUCAAAGUACAACCCUACGGACCUACUGGAAAACCCUGCACCAAGCUCGUUGAAUUUCGUAGAUGUUCCAGAAUGCCAUGUUAUUACUGAUUCAGUUAAUCCCCCCGUCAAUAUCAUGGAAUCAUCAGCCAGUGGAUUUAUUUAUUUACAUACAUUUCAAAUUUCAUUCACGCACAUCGUCUAUCACAAUAAUUCAGUAAUAGAUUGGUAAAAAAUAUUGAGUCGAUUUUCUCUCGUGAAUUGUCAAAUUCAGAUGAAGAAAAUAGUCACACUCGUAACAUUUCACCACUUCUCUACUGAAUUGAUAAUUCAAGAUAAGAUAUUAUUAAGAAGGGUCCAGUAUUAAUGUACCAAUUCAUGUAUGAAUAUGACUCCAUUUUCCUCUAAUCCUUCAAUUCUUUUUGUAUUUUUAACGGUAAACCAUGAAAUAUAAUUUUUCAGAGGAUUUAUCGAUUGUAAUUGUACUUGAAAUACUCAUUAUCUCAAAUUCUCUUGUAAAAUGAAAUAAUUGAGAUGUAUUUGUAACAAACAUAUCGUAUUAUUUAUAGAAAAAUACAAAAUUAAUGAGCAAUUGUUUUCUA